GGGUUAUUGUUGGAAAAAUUGGCGGUAGCCUCCCUGCGUCUUCUUGUUUCCGUAUAAAAUUUAUUCCAGUUUCGGAUUAAACAUGGAGCGCUUCUUCUAAGGAACAACUCUUUGCUUUGCUGGCUUUCCUUUGCUUUUUCUGUAUUUAUUUAUUUUUAAAGAAAUAUAUGUUGUCUGAAACACAACAAGUUAGAGUGCCAGUUAGCCAACUGUAAACUUUUUAGGCUAGCAGAUAAGCUAGCAGUGGAUCUUCUGGGAAUAAUGGCGAACCCGGUAUUAUUGCAGAAGAGGAAUGGACAGCAUCUUUGGUUUGCUCUCCUUGGACUGGGAUUUCAGCCAGACGUUGAAGCUUCAUAUGUCGUAGGCAAAGUCAACAUUAAACAUCUCAAUAUUGGACCGAAUAUGUUCGACAAACCAAACAAAGAUGCUUUCUACAUAGUAACGCACUUCUUAUUGGAAAAACUUAACCCAACACGAUUUCACGAAGCGUACAGGCACUGCUGGCCCGUUUUGGACCACAAAGUAGAUGCUGAAUUUCGCAAGGUUACCUGCGCUUGGUUGCGAGAAAUAAUGGAUGAAACUGCAAAUGCAGGAUCCAAAGUGGUGGCGUCUUUAUUUCUGUCACCUGGAGGCCCCAAGUUUACCAGCUUGAUGCUUCAUUUAGCCAAACACACCAUGCUGCAGGAAAUGAAGACAUUUACCACAGAUGACACUUGGGUUCCUGAGGCCAUUGCUGUGCCAGCCUCCACCUUGGACAUGGCAGUUAAACGAUUCAAUCUAAUUCGUACGAGGUUUUUGAAAGCUGCGGUUGAUCAGGAUUGUUUUCUUCAAGCGUACCAGAGACGAGCUCAGCAUCUUGUGAAGUCUAUGAGGGACAUCAAAGCAGAUGGUACCAAGUAUGAUGAGCUUCUUAAGCGUCACAGCAGUGAUGCUGCUCAGGAUGAAGCUUAUCAUGUGGAGAAGAUCAAAAAGGUGCGCUCCUUGUGGUCAGACAUUGAAAGAAUGCUUUCAACGAUCAAAGAGGAGCAGAGUGCAGUGGAAAGUGUUUUGAAAGGCGAAGUGGAUCAAUAUGUCCUGGAUGGGACGGAUCGAGUACUCAAAAUUCCUUCCUGUCUGCUGGAGAGAAUUGAGCGUCUCCCACAUCAGUUAACUUCGGGGAAUGUGUAUGAAGCUGGCCAACUGAACCUCCUCUGCGUAAUGGAGCUGAUGAACCACGCAGUGCAGCUCCUUAAGGAGGAACGCUGUCGGGUGUCCUCUACGUCUGAGUCCCGACUCAGUCCUCAGCUCCUGCAGGAGAAGAGUCAGCAGAUGGCCCGUGUGCUGCAGGACCUCCACCUCAUCAGACAGAAGAUUUCCAAGGAAGAAAUUCCAGAAAUCAAGAGUACCAUUAGCGAGUUGGAGGCUAACUGGGACAAGAGGUGGAUGGACAUGCUGAAAGACACACCCCUAGUCUCUUUCCUUAAUGAAGAUCCUGCUCUUGGUUUCCUUUCACCAAUGGCUCCACUGUCUUUUGAACCAGCUGCUGAGGCUACGUACAGAAGUACCAUCUUUUCCCAGUAUCCUGCUAAGCUUCUAGAAGAGAAACCUACAGCGAGUGACUCACAGGAAGUAGUCAACCAUGGUGAUUCAAACCGAAAAAGUUCUUGUCCUGCAAAACUUAAAGCGUCUGAAAGUCCCGUUGUCACUGUUGAAGCACGAGCAAAUACGUCUCUGGACUGGCUUUUUGACACACCACCAUCCCCUUCUGGAAAGGCUCCGUCUGCACCAACACCUCAGUCUGCAGCUGUGUUUCAGACAACCUCCAGUAUGGCCAGCAUGAGGAAGACAAGCCAUCGGAAGGUGGCCCCCAUGAGGACCAAGACUCAGAUUUUAGAAUUGGAAUAUGAUAACCUUGCUGAUCAGUUUGCAGAUGCUAUAACUACAACCACUCCAAAGGGCAGCGUUAAAGAUAUAGACUUGCAGUGCCUUCUUAACACUCUUCAGAGAGAUCCCUUCUCCACAAGAAAACAGCUGCAUCGAACACCUGAGAGCUUGAUUAUGGAUGUGAAAAGCUCUUGGCGAAAAGCAGUUGAAGAAGAUGAAGCUAAAAAAUUACGUCAGUCAGCAGAGGUGAAAAAGACUUUAACUGGGCAACUUGGUCAGCCCCACAAUUCAACCGUGAGCCCUGAUUCUCGCAUCCAUACCGUCUCUUUUACCACGCCCGUUGUCACGAGCCAAGACAGCCCCUCUGUCUGCCAGCAGGGGGUCUUACUCAACGCCUCUCUAUCAUGGGACACGUUCAACGCAGAAGUCCUCGACACCCCAAGUGGCACCGGCAGCAGCGCCGUCCUGUUCAGCCUCGACCAUGAGACCCUCCCUGAAAUGGCGAGCUGUGAAAGUCUGAUUCUCGAUGAUGAAGCUGUGGACAUGAGGAGUGAAGAAGAUGAAGAGCUGGCCAUCCCCUCUCAGUCACUGUUAACAGCACGUCAUCUGGGUCAGAUCCAACAAGCAAGUAAUGAUGGCGCUUUGGAAAGUGUGAGGACAACUGAGCGCUUUUUGUCGGAUUACGAGGUCUCUGCUCUGGACUGGCGAACUGAACCAGCAGCAUCAGAGGAAAACACAGAAAAGUUGUUUUCAUUGGAUCUAGAUUCACUCAAGACACCUUCACCCCCAAAGAAGCAAGAGUACAGCCUCCCCAAACUGAUCACGUUCUCCCCUAUAGAUGACAUGAAGUGUUAGCUUCAAGUAUUAACUGUCUUAAUUUGUGUGUAAUUUUUAACUUGUAAUAAAUGCAUGUGUAUAUAGCUGUAAAAUAUCUGUUGCACACCAGUUUUAAGUUUGGAUUAAAAAACUAUGCUUCUGAGCUGCUUUAAUUAAACUGAGAAGUAUUUCUAAAGACUUGAAAUAAAGAUUAAAUUUUGCAUUGCAUACA